AUGGCUAUUGAGCUCGGCAGCCGCUUAAGCCGCCGGAAUCUGAUGGUGAUUAUGGUGGUUACCAUGUCACGGCGGCUGCGUUCCGUUACCAACUUCCUGCUUGCCAACCUCGCCUUUGCUGAUCUGUGCGUCGGCAUCUUCUGCGUCUUCCAGAACCUCUACAUACACCUCGCCACCACGUGGGUGCUGGGCGACGCGCUGUGCAAGAUGUUCCAGUUCGUGCACAGCCUCAGCUACACGGCAUCCAUCUUGAUACUGGUGGUGAUCUGCACCGAGCGCUACGUCGCCAUCAUACACCCCAUGGCCUGCAAGAGCAUCCUCACCCCGACCAGGCUCAUGGUGGUGGUGUCGGCCGUGUGGUUCCUGUCGGCGGCGUACUCUGCGCCGCGGCUGGGCUGGAUGCAGACGGUGCGCUUCAACUUCAGCGGCGGCCCGCCGGAGGUGUACUGCCUGUCCAACAUCGCGCGCUACAACCGCCAGCUCUUCGACGUGCUGACGUUCGUGCUGCUCUACCUGCUGCCGCUGGCGAUCAUGAUGGCGCUCUACUCGCGCAUCGCCGUCGCGCUCUGGCGCAGCAGCCGCGGUCUCGAGGACGUCGAGGUGGACGUCGACCCGCGACGGCAGCCCAGCUGCAGGAGGAAGCAGUCUUCUGAACAUCAACAAAGAGGCGUGACUGUCGUGGGAGGCAACGGCUCCUUCAAAGUGCGUUUCUCCGCGGGGCGGUCGGUGCGGUUGUCGACGCGCGGCAAGAGGACUCUGCUGGCGGUGGCCCCGGCGCCGGACACGCCGUCCGCGUCUCCGGAGCUGCACAGCGGCCACGGCCACGGCCACGGCCACGGGCACAGCCAUCAGGAGCAGAGGCGCGCCUCCGCGCAGAACGUGCUGCGCGCGCGGCGCGGCGUCGUGCGCAUGCUGAUCGCCGUCGUGCUGGCGUUCGCCGCCUGCAACCUGCCGCUGCACGCGCGCAAGAUGUGGCAGCUGUCGCCCAGCUACCCGUUCGACACGCCGUUCGCCGCCGUCUUCUCGCUGCUCACCUUCCUGGCGACGUACCUGAACGCGGCGCUCGACCCGCUGCUGUACGCCUUCAUGUCGCGCAACUUCCGGCGCGGCGCGCGCGAGCUGCUGUGCGCGCCGCCGCCGCCACCGCCCCCGCUCCUGCUCGCCGCUGCAGAGGCGCAGCUCGUCGCGGUCCGUGUCGCGGGCCGCCAGCGGGCACAGCUGACAGCCGGCGCCCAGCCCGAGGCUCGACCACGUGUGAGCCGCCGCGGCUGGCAAAGCGUCGCCCGUCUGCUGUCACUCCGGCCGCCGUACACGCUCGAGACACUUUGCACACGCUCGAGAUGCGACAUUGUUGUGGAACGAGUUAUGGAAGAACAGCCGGGCCGGGACUUUCACUUGGCGGAAGCCGCCACAGAGUACGCGGCCCAAGCGACAGGGGAUCAGUGGCUACAGGUACAGGGUGGAGAGGAGCCAGGAGCAGGGUGCUUCAGCGUGUUGUCACUGCAGCAAGAGGAAAAAUAA